AGAAUUUAGCAAAAUCUGGGAAAAGAGAAAGAAAAAAAAAAAGAACAAAAAACAAAAAAAAGGGAGAGGAAAAGAAUGGUGUGUAUAUGUGUUGGUGUAUGAGCAUGACACCAAAUCAAAGAAGAAGCAGAGUAUAGUACCAUCGCCUGCUCAAGAAAGAUUUUUCAUUUAAAACAGGAGAACAAGUAGAGGAGAAGCACCAAAGGGGCAUGGGGGGUUGAUUUCUCUUUCUCUUUCUUUGUCUUCAACUUUUUUGCUUUACAUAUUUUACCCUUUAGGUUUCUCAUUAAUCAAUACCCAAGAGUUGGGAAUCGUCAAGAUAAGAAAGACUCCUGAGGAGGACUGGAAUUUGCAUGUGGGGUUGAGGUUGUCUCUUCAAUUUAGAUUGGGAAGUUUUCUCUGAAGAUGGCGGCUUCUUCUUCGUCGACGCCCUUGUUUGGAAUAAGAGAAGAGGAUCAGAACCAGAUGAAGCAACAGCAUUCCUCCACGCCGACGUCAUCUACAGCUCCAGCUCCAGCUCCACUACCCCAGAAGAAAAAGAGAAACCAACCAGGAACACCAUAUCCAGAUGCGGAGGUAAUAGCACUAUCUCCCAAGACCCUAAUGGCAACAAACAGGUUCAUAUGUGAGGUAUGCAACAAAGGGUUCCAAAGGGAGCAGAACCUACAGCUGCACAGAAGAGGACACAACCUGCCUUGGAAGCUAAAGCAGAAGACUACAAAAGAACCAAAACGGAAGGUUUAUCUGUGCCCGGAGCCCACAUGCGUCCACCACGACCCAUCGAGGGCUCUCGGCGACCUCACUGGGAUCAAAAAGCACUACUCGAGAAAGCACGGCGAGAAGAAGUGGAAGUGCGACAAGUGCUCCAAGAGGUAUGCCGUGCAGUCUGAUUGGAAGGCUCAUUCCAAGACCUGUGGCACUAGAGAAUAUAGAUGCGACUGCGGCACUCUCUUCUCUAGGCGGGACAGUUUUAUCACUCACAGGGCCUUUUGUGACGCACUGGCUCAAGAAAGUGCAAGACACCCUCCCAACUUGAGCACUAGCAACCUAUAUGGAAGCAGCAACAACAUGGGGUUAGGCUUAUCUCAAGUGGGUCCUCAGAUGCAAGACCAGAACAGCCAAUCCAGUGAUAUAUUACGGCUUGUGGGUGCCAGGCCCGGUCAAUUCGAUCAUCUCCUUCCCCCUGGGAUUGCUUCAUCCUUCCGACCACCACAGCCCAUGGCUUCUUCUGCUUUCUUCAUGCACGAAUCCAACCAAAACUAUCGUCAACAACAACAACAAGGGUUAAUGCAAUUUUCUAAUCUUCAAAACAGCUCAAGCAAUCCUCCAACUCCAAGCAAUCUCUUCAACCUUAGCUACCUUUCCAACACCGGCACAAAUAAUGGCAACAACAACAACAACAACAACACUCUUCCAUCUUCUGGUUUGCUAAUACCCGAUCAUUUCAGCAAUGCAAAUGCUGCUGCCGGAGGCGGUGAAGGGUCCAGUAUCUUCUCUCCUGACCAAAUCAACUCAGGCGGCGUCCCUUCUCUCUACAGCGCAUCGGUUCAAACCAACAAUGCCAUCCCGCAUAUGUCUGCAACUGCACUGCUUCAAAAGGCUGCACAAAUGGGUUCAACUACAAGCAACAACAACACUGCCUCUUUGCUAACAACUUUCGGAAGCUCUUCCUCAUCAAGUGGCGCCAAAUCGCUUGUUCCAGGUGGCUUAAGCAGCAUGUUCGGCGAACAUGAGAGCCACCUCCAAGACCUGAUGAAUUCCUUCGCCAGUGGCGGCAACAACUCGCUUCUCAGUGCUUUUGGUGGAUACAAUGCCGGUAGGACCGACUUUCAAGUACACAUGGAGGAACCCAAGCUACAGCAAAAUCUGACGGUGAGCGUUGGAGGGUCUGACAGGUUAACCAGGGAUUUUCUUGGGGUUGGGCAGAUAGUGAGGAGCAUGAGCGGAGUUUCGCAGAGAGACCAAAAACAACAACAGCAACAGCAACAGGCGCUGCAGCAUCACCACCACCACGGCAUUGGCAUUGAUGUGAGCUCCUUGGACUCCGACAGAAAUACUGCGCCGUCAAGCCAAUCUUUUAGGGAUGGAGGAAAUCUUCAGUGAUUGCUGCUGCUGAAACAACGUACAGCGAGAGGAACUCAAACUUGUUCCACUGCAAGCGCAUCUUUCUCAUGAUCGAAUUCAGAUUUUGGAUGGAGCGAGGGCAGGGAACACAUUAAUUAAGCUUCUUCAAGUGUAUUGGGAUUUUGGUGAUCAAUCCCAGCUACAACUUUUUCAUAGUUUAAGUAGUGAGUUUAGCAGACAAUCCAUUUGUGUUUCAUUCUUAUCAGUGUUGCUUUAUGCACUGCUAACACCAGUUAUUAGUAAUACAAGGAAGAUUGGAACUUCCACAAAAAUCCAAAACGUAUCAGAAAACUGUUGUGAAAUGGCUUACUAAAAGGAUUUUGCCAAAUUAUAACUUUUGAAGGAUAAUAUUUGGGGCUAUAGU